GUGAAAACCCUCGUUCCUUGCUGUUUAUAUCAGCACAAGGCCCGGCUUUCCUACCCACCCAACUUCCUUAUGACGAUGCUGUUUGUGGGUCUGAUGAGGUUUGCAACUGUGGUUUUGGGUUUGGUCAGCCUGAAAAAUGUGGCGGUUUCAUUUGCUGAGACGGUGAAGAGCUCCGCCCCCAUCUUCACAGUGAUCAUGUCUCGGAUGAUUCUAGGGGAGUACACAGGAUGUCCCAGUGAUCGGGAGGAGCGGGAAGAGCUUCAGCUACAACCAGGACGUGGUGUUGCUGCUUCUGACAGAUGGAGUCCUGUUCCACCUUCAGAGCGUCACGGCCUACGCCCUCAUGGGGAAGAUCUCCCCUGUGACAUUCAGGCCCAGUAAAUGCGGAUGUUUAUGUCUCUUUCCUGAGAUUCAGAUGUCUAAAGCAGUUUUCUGUGACUUUUCAAGUCAAGAGGAUAACCUAACAUACGGAAAGGGAAUUAAUUACUCGUUUUAUCCUCUUCUGGAAUGUUCGGAAUCCAUGGGUUUGGGGUGGGGCCUCGGGAGUUGGGGAAGCACCAUACCCAGUGAGUUUGCACAAGCACUUUGAGGACCCACUGCCAGUGUCAGCUUUAAAAUCACACUGUAAAAGCCGGGGUGCGGUGGCUCACGCCUGUAAUCCCAGCACUUUAGGAGGCCGAGGCAGGCAGAUUACUUGAGGUCAGGAGUUCGAGACCAGCUUGGCCAAUGUGGCGAAAUCCCGACUCUACCAAAAAUAGAAAAAUUAGCCGGGCGUGGUGGCGGGCGCCUGUGGAUCCAGCUACUCGGGAGAAUCCCUUGAAGCCGGGAGGAGGCUGCAGUGAGCCGAGUCUACGCCACUGCACCCCAGCCUGCGUGGCACAGCGAGACUUCGACCCACAAGUAAAUACAUAAAUAAAUAAAAUCACAUCGUAAGAGCUCUCCCUGCCCUGUUUUUGGGUAAGGUUCAGAGUUAAACUCCGAGAUAGGCCUUUACAAGACGCACAGACCUGAGGCGCCUCAGGAGGUAACUCGCAGGUAAAUGGAGCGCGCUCCACCCACCCGCCACUAGGGGUCCCAGCGGUCAAGGGAAUGGAAUACGGGCGUCCAGCGCGAAGGCUCUCCGAUCGCAAGGCGCGGGCUUCGCUACCGGGAAAGUCCCGGUCGGAUUCCGGAAGCCGGCCACGCGUUCCGCGCAGGCGCAAGCUGCUCCCAAAGUAGGAGUCGCUCCGCUCGGCGCCCCGAUGCUUGCGUCAUCAGCCCGCGCCGAAGUCGGAAGUGCAGCUCACGGCGCUGUUUCUUCCGGAGUCCUGGAUCUGAGCAAGCGCUGUCUUAAGCGUCAUCAUCCCGCGCAGGCACAGGAAGUGCCACACAGAGGGAACCCCUGUCGUUGUCUCGAAUUCUGGGCCGGAGGCCGGCUAUUGUGUCAUGAUUACGCGCCAAUACAGGAAGUGACGAUACUCCUGGCGCGCGCCGGUAGCUGUUUCUUCUCUGGCUCCGGGACCGGCGGCAGCGGCGGCGGCGUAGGGUGUUUUAACUCAAAUGGGUGAUGAAAAGGACUCUUGGAAAGUGAAAACUUUAGAUGAAAUUCUUCAGGAAAAGAAACGAAGGAAGGAACAAGAGGAGAAAGCAGAGAUAAAACGCUUAAAAAAUGUAAGCCAUAUUUUUUAAGUAAGUGGUUUUCUUAAAGGAGAUUUAAUUUCUUUGCCCUCAUUUUUCCAUUAGAACAACGCUUCUUCGGUGAAGUUCUUUUGUACUUCCAAAUGUCACAGUCUGAUGACCGGGAUUCCAAGCGGGAUUCCCUUGAGGAGGGGGAGCUGAGAGAUCACCGCAUGGAGAUCACAAUACGGAACUCCCCAUACAGAAGAGAAGACUCCAUGGAAGACAGAGGAGAGGAAGAUGAUUCUUUGGCCAUCAAACCACCCCAGCAAAUGUCUCGGAAAGAAAAAGCUCAUCACAGAAAAGAUGAGAAGAGAAAAGAGAAGCGCAGGCACCGCAGCCAUUCGGCAGAAGGGGGGAAGCACGCUAGAGUGAAAGAAAAAGAAAGAGAGCACGAACGUCGGAAACGACAUCGAGAAGAACAGGAUAAAGCUCGCCGGGAAUGGGAAAGACAGAAGAGAAGGGAAAUGGCAAGGGAGCAUUCCAGGAGAGAAAGGGACCGCCUGGAGCAGUUAGAAAGGAAGCGGGAGCGGGAGCGCAAGAUGCGGGAGCAGCAGAAGGAGCAGCGGGAGCAGAAGGAGCGCGAGCGGCGGGCGGAGGAGCGGCGCAAGGAGCGGGAGGCCCGCCGGGAAGUGUCCGCACAUCACCGAACGAUGAGAGAGGACUACGGCGACAAAGUGAAAGCCAGCCACUGGAGUCGAAGCCCGCCGCGGCCGCCGCGGGAGCGGUUCGAGUUGGGAGACAGCCGGAAGCCAGUAAAAGAAGAGAAAAUGGAAGAAAGAGACCUGCUGUCCGACUUACAGGACAUCAGCGACAGCGAGAGGAAGACCAGCUCAGCCGAGUCCUCAUCAGCGGAAUCAGGCUCAGGUUCUGAGGAGGAAGAGGAGGAGGAGGAAGAGGAGGAGGAGGAAGGAAGCACCAGUGAAGAAUCAGAGGAGGAGGAGGAGGAGGAGGAAGAGGAGGAGGAGGAGACCGGCAGCAACUCUGAGGAGGCGUCAGAGCAGUCUGCCGAAGAAGUAAGUGAGGAAGAAAUGAGUGAAGAUGAAGAACGAGAAAAUGAAAACCACCUCUUGGUUGUUCCAGAGUCACGGUUUGACCGAGAUUCCGGGGAAAGUGAAGAAGCAGAGGAAGAAGUGGGUGAGGGGACGCCGCAGAGCAGCGCCCUGACAGAGGGCGACUACGUGCCCGACUCCCCCGCCCUGUCACCCAUCGAGCUCAAGCAGGAGCUGCCCAAGUACCUGCCAGCCCUGCAGGGCUGCCGGAGCGUCGAGGAGUUCCAGUGCCUGAACAGGAUCGAGGAGGGCACCUAUGGAGUGGUCUACAGAGCAAAAGAUAAGAAAACAGAUGAAAUUGUGGCUCUGAAGCGGCUGAAGAUGGAGAAGGAGAAGGAGGGCUUCCCGAUCACGUCGCUGAGGGAGAUCAACACCAUCCUCAAGGCCCAGCAUCCCAACAUCGUCACCGUUAGAGAGAUCGUGGUGGGCAGCAACAUGGACAAGAUCUACAUCGUGAUGAACUACGUGGAGCACGACCUCAAGAGCCUGAUGGAGACCAUGAAGCAGCCCUUCCUGCCAGGGGAGGUGAAGACCCUGAUGAUCCAGCUGCUGCGGGGGGUGAAGCACCUGCACGACAACUGGAUCCUGCACCGCGACCUCAAGACGUCCAACUUGCUGCUGAGCCACGCCGGCAUCCUCAAGGUGGGUGACUUCGGGUUGGCGCGGGAGUACGGAUCUCCUCUGAAGGCCUACACCCCGGUCGUGGUGACCCUGUGGUACCGCGCCCCAGAGCUGCUGCUUGGUGCCAAGGAAUACUCCACGGCCGUCGACAUGUGGUCGGUGGGCUGCAUCUUCGGGGAGCUGCUGACUCAGAAGCCUCUGUUCCCAGGGAAGUCGGACAUCGACCAGAUCAACAAAGUGUUCAAGGACCUGGGGACCCCCAGUGAAAAAAUCUGGCCCGGCUACAACGAGCUCCCCGCAGUGAAGAAGAUGACCUUCAGCGAGUACCCCUACAACAACCUCCGCAAGCGCUUCGGGGCCCUGCUCUCAGACCAGGGCUUCGACCUUAUGAACAAGUUCCUGACCUACUUUCCCGGGAGAAGGAUCAGCGCUGAGGAUGGCCUCAAGCACGAGUAUUUCCGCGAGACCCCCCUCCCCAUCGAUCCUUCCAUGUUCCCCACGUGGCCCGCCAAGAGUGAGCAGCAGCGUGUGAAGCGGGGCACCAGCCCGAGGCCCCCUGAGGGAGGCCUGGGCUAUAGCCAGCUGGGUGACGACGACCUGAAGGAGACGGGCUUCCACCUUACCACCACAAACCAGGGGGCCUCAGCCGCGGGCCCCGGCUUCAGCCUCAAGUUCUGAAGGUCACAGUAGACCCCGUCAUGGGGAGAACUCAGCCGGGACCACGGGCGCGGCUACUGCGGCUGGAGCUGCCAUGAGACUCAGAACUCCUCAUCUUAUUUCGUGCUCCACGUUUUGUUUUUGUAUUUUGGUUUGUAAAUUUGUAGAAUUAAAUCAUUUUCCUUGUUGUGGAGGAAAGAGCUGUGUUUUCAGGUCUCCCUGACUUGCCCAGGGAGGAGAGGGUGGGCAUCUGCGGGCACCUACCUGGGGCAGCACAAACCCCCACACGCCCUCUCCCACUCUCGACACACCGGGCUGGCUGGGCCGUGAUUUGGAGCAGGUGGGGGUCGGGUCGAUUGUUUCAUCUUUGGAGCUGGAGACCUGUGUCUGUGUUGGGAUGAGUGAUGCUUUCCUGCCCCAACUCGCUCGUCCAGACCAGCCCUGUCCACACAGGCCCCCAACCCCCAGCCCCAGGUAUUCUGGCAGCCUCAGCAGGUUUUUAUACAAGGUUGUUACGAGUUUUAAAAUGUAUUAAAAUAUUCUUGGAGGAAA